GGUUCAGUUCAUUUGAUUCGCUUUGCGGUUCAAAUAGGCAGUUGCUAAAGAAAAAAAUACGAACGAGAAAAGAAAAUUUGCGAUGGACGCUUGCAAGAAUAUUAUCGAAGUGAUGCUCAACAAGGUGCACGCGGCCUAUGCCUGGCCCUUCUACAAGCCGUUCGAUGCUGAAAUUUUGGAUCUGACCGACUACCACGACAAAAUCAAGAAGCCCAUGGACCUGGGCACCAUCAAGCUCAAAAUGGAGGACGGGCAUUACAGCCGCGUGCUUGAGUUUGCGAGCGAUGUGCGCUUAGUAUUCACCAACUGCUACAAAUACUAUCAUCCGGUGACUGAUUUUGUUGGCAUGGCCCAGAAGCUGCAGCACGUCUUCGAAGUGCUCUUCGCCGAAAUACGCGACGAACCGGUGCCCAAUGUGGUCCACGACACGCACACGCAGGGCAAUACGCAUCAUGGCGAAUCGGACUUGCAGGAUUACUACGCCAAGAUCAAGGUCCUAGAGUCCAAGUUGGACAUGACCUUUUCCAAGCAAGCUCAAGGCCAAAAAGAGAAGCAACGAUGAACAGACGCUGGUGGUCAAGAAGGAGAUUUCUGACCUGAAGGCUGAGUUGAAGCGUCUCCAAGCUGUCUCCAACGAGAAAGAACGACGUAGACGUCAACGCAUAAGUUAUUUGCUAGACCAAAUGGACCUGAACCUUGAAUCUUCUAGUAACUCCGAAGGAGAUGUUGUUUAACGUGAAGGUGAACUGCGGAGGACAGAGAGUAAACAGUAGUAGCAGAGAUUCCAUAGCGAUUGG